AUAACCUAAAAUUCGGCAAAAAUUAAAAACACUGUUUAUAAUUAUUAUAAUUACUCUAAAAUAUUUUUUUGUAUAAAAUAAAAAUAAUAAAAUGUCAGAGAAUAUUCAAGGGACUUUUACAUCCGAAAAAAUAUCUAAAAUUCGGUGGAACCGUCAAGAUUUCACCGAGGCUAAUUCUUUUGUGACUGGAAGCUGGGAUAAUAAUUUAUUUAAUCGAAUUACAUACUGGGUGUUUAGAAAAAGUGAAGACGCUGAAAUUUAUCCAGCUCCGGUUAAUUUUUAUCCAUUUGUCGGUGAUGUCACUGAAAUUCAAUUUAUCAGCAAAUAUUGUUUUGUUGCUUCAUCAUCAGUUGGAUCAGCAAAACUUUUACAAAUUGAUGAAAAUUCUGGUAAUCUUUUUAAGGAACUUACUACUUGGGAUAAUAUUCACUAUUUUAGCACCGGUGAAAGUGCAUCUUGCACAGCACUCUCAACAUUUAACCAAGACAUAGCGACUGUAGGUGAAGAUGGAAGAAUAAAUCUACUAACUGCUCAACAAAAAGAUCCAGUAAGGAUUAUAGAAAAUGCAGACAGUUGUUCUCUGCUCUGUAUAGACUUUCUGCGUCACAAUGAAAUAUUAACAAGCAAUACCAGAGGACAUAUGAAACUUUGGGACCUCAGGAACGAUCAAGAUACACCAGCGACGACUUUUAUGCUUCCAGAUCAACUUAAAACAGAAGCUACGGAUAUUGCUCAUCACCCGACUCAAAGACACAUAGUCGCUGCUGGUGGAGGUGACGGCAGCCUUUCAGUUUGGGACUUACGACAAAGUACGCAUCCCAUUUCCCAGCUUUUAGCUCACUCUCAAGCAGUCAGCGAAGUUAUGUUUCACCCAGACAGGCCUAAUAAUCUCUUCACUUGCUCCAUUAAUGGUGAAUUGUGGCAUUGGAAUAAUGUUCAUGGUUCUAAAUUAAAUUUUGAUAAUGACAGUCAUUGGUUAGCAACACGUGGAAUAGAUGCCAAAGUAAAUAUAACAGAAUUAUGCGGCCCAUUACACAAGCCAAUAAAUAGUUUUGACAUUGACAGAUCAACUUUACUUUUCGGUUGUGACAAUGAAGCGAUGUACACCAUAAAAAAUAUCAUUGUAUAAUUAAUAAUCACUUAAUAAACAAUUAUUUAUACUUUCAA